AUGGCAACCGAUCUGGCAUCGCCGGUAGGCCUUGCCCAUCCGGACGAAGCUGAAUAUAUCGAUUAUUCCGACGACGAGCCUGAUACCUCCCCUAUCAAGCCCAACGCGGAUUCAACAUCGUAUUUCGAAUCGGCAAAGCCCGCUGUCGAGACCUCCGAAAGCACACAAGGUGACUCUGCCGGCGUCGCAGAGUUACUCGCCGAAGACCUACACGGUGCCUCUGACGUGGCAACCACGGGCGGGGAACCACUGCCCCAAAGCGAUGCUGUCCUUGCCGACGGCGUUCAACACGACGACCCAGAUUCUAUCGCGCAAGUUGCCGACGCCGCCGAAAAUGGCCUGGUCGAGAACGAGAUUGGUUGGGAGGGCGAACAACAUGACGAACAAGAUGAGUCGAUGCAGCAAGACGAUGCCGUUGCCGAUCAAGACCAGCAGUACCAGGAGCAUGCUGAGCAGUACCAUGCUAUUGCUGAUGGCCAGCUUGCGAACACCUUUACGGAUGCCCAGAGCCACCAAGCACGAGACCAGGGCGCAGAAACAGCGUCCGCUGUCGACGGUGCCGUCAGUGCUCUAGACCAGUCUAUGCAAGAGAACGAUGAACCGAACAAUGAACUGAACGAGAUUGAUUACGAGGACGAUGGCGCGAUGACAGCCGAGACUACAGAGGGAGAUCUUGAAGGCCAGCAUGCAGAUGAAGAGCUGGAGCACGAAACGGAAGAAAAUGUUGCGUUGGCGCAGGAGGUGCCUGAGCCUUCUUCUGUCGAAGAAGACGCCUCGCACGAGGCACUCCUUGAUGACCAAGGAGAAGGUCGCGAUGACGAAGCAGGCGCCGACCCGAGCACGAAUGCUGAGGCCCUGAUUGCCGAUUCAUCUGCUGCAUCCCUCGACACCCCUGACGAGGAAGAUGCGCAGAUGCCGGUCGUCACCGUCACGUGGCAUGGCGUGGAGUACCCCAUGUUCUACAAUUCUGUGGGAAGUGAAGGUCGAGACUGCUUCUUUCAUGAUCUGAGCGUCUUGCAGUGCAAGAUGGAGGAGCUGUUGGCAAGCUUGCGACGAGUUCUGGUGGACGACGUUGCAGAGUCUGAUGAGCUCGUCUUGCAAGUGGAAGAGCUAGGACUCGAAUUUGCAGAGUCAAGCCAUCCCGACCAUUUCUCUGAGAUUACGCUCGGGAGCAUCCUCCAGGUCUUCGAUCACCUUGUGAAAAACAAGGACCCAGAAGCAACGAGGCCGAUGUACGCGCUUUUGAUCACACGCCCAAAUUGUAGCAAGCGAUGGUCUUCCCUUAUAGAAGAUGCAUGGAACGGGAAGAACAUUGACGAAGUCAGCUACUCGUUUCACUCACGAGACCAAGAGGCCAUCGAGGAAGCUGAGGUGGAGGCCGAGGACGCUGAGAUGUUCCUUAACCAGGACGACCUUGAUGACGACAUGGGUGGGGAUUUUGACGACUUGGUUGAGCAAGACAACGAAGCAGACCAUGAGCUCCAUGACUCUGCUGACGAAGGUCGGGACGAUCCUGAGUUGACUAACGAUGCUGACGAAGGCACGACUACCCUCGACGCCAAUGAGCUUGACCUCACGGUCGACGCGACUGGCGACGUAGCUGCUCUUCAAGACUCUGAACAAAUUGCGCCCCUUGAGACGGACACAUUGACAUCCGUCACGGCUGUAGACGAAACAGACAUCAAUGCCAGUGCAGCAGACGCCUCGAUGCUGGAUGAUGUUGCUGCCUUGGGCGAAUUCGACACGGUACCAGACCCAGAUGCCACUGUGCUCGCGGAGCUCGACGAGCCUGUCACCACGGCUGCAUUGCUGGAAGACGUGAAUGCGUCCAUUCAAAUGCCUGAGGCGAUCGAUGGUGACGGCCAACAGGCGACCGAACUGAAUGCACCUCUUCUCGGCGACGAAUUCAACCCCUUGCUCGCUGCAGAAGCAAGCAACAAUGGUCCGAAUGAGCAGCAACAGACAACUGGAUACGCAGGCAAUGAUGAACAGUUAGGCCUGGAGCCAGAUGAAACUGGCGUCGAUAUGUCUGUUGUCAACCAGGGGACCCCGGUUACCAGCGCGACCGCGACCCUAGACGGCGACGAGGUAGAUGAUCUCGGCGCCGAGAUCGACCUGACAGCCGACAUACCACAAGAUGGAGAGACAAUCAAUGGAAACUCUGAGCACGGCCCUAAUGACCUCGAAGAGAUUGACUGGCGAGAUUUUCCCGGGGACGGCGAUGAUGAGGUUUCCCACGAGUCUACAUCAGUCUCUGGAAAACGACCCAGGACUGACGAGGACGACCUGCUAGGUGCCGAAGACGAGCAAGACGCAAAACGUCUUCGGUCUUGA